AUUGCAAGAACCUUCUUUUUCUCCUUAUAUCAUACACACGAUUGCACCCAAUAAUGCCAUCACUCUUUCCCAUUUAUAUAUUUCUUCUCUUCCUUUCUCUCCAACAACUUAACCACCAUAACUUCUUUCCUCCAUUUUCAUCAUCCAGAGACCAAAAAAAGACAAACAAAAAAAUGGCUCUUCACAGAAUUGCUAUCCUCCUGUUACUGCUAUUGUACUCGGUAUCCGGGUCUUAUCAGGCAAGAUUGGAUGACCAGUCUGAGUUUUUCACUGCCAUGAAGAAGUCUUUCACUGGGAGCUUGAUGGGGAGAUGGGAUGGAGAGGCUGUGUGUGAGUACAGAGGGGUUGUUUGUGACGAUAAAGACUAUGUUGUCAAGAUUGAUGUGUCGGGGUGGUCGAUUUCAGGGGAAUUUCCUGGAGAUGUGUGUUCUUAUCUCCCGAAACUGAGAGUUCUUCGAGUCGGGCACAAUAAGUUCCAUGGCGGGUUCCCUGGAAGCCUCACCAGCUGCUCUUUCUUGGAAGAGCUUAACAUGACUGCUACAAAUCUCACAGGAUCAUUGCCAGAUUUGUCCCCUCUGCAAGCUUUGAGGGCUCUUGAUCUUUCCUAUAAUCUCUUCACAGGUGAAUUCCCCAUGUCUUUUACCAAUUUAACCAACCUGGAGGUGCUGGUUUUCAAUGAGAACGGGGGGUUUAAUCCAUGGGAGCUCCCGGGGGCGAUAUCCGGGCUGAAAAAGCUGAAAUCUUUGAUCUUAACAACCUGCAUGCUGAGAGGGAGGAUCCCUGGAGAAAUUGGGAACAUGACCUCCCUUGUGGACCUGGAACUUAGUGGGAAUUCCCUGGUGGGCAGGAUUCCAGGGGAGCUGGGGAGGCUGAAGAACCUGGAACUUCUCGAGCUCUACUACAACCAGCUCGAGGGAGAAAUCCCCGAGGAGCUCGGGAACUUGACUCAACUCAGGGACUUUGAUGUGUCUGUGAAUAGACUAACAGGCAAAAUCCCGGACUCGGUUUGCCUUCUCCCCAAUCUCGAAGUCUUGCAGGUCUACAACAACACCCUCUCGGGGGGAUUCCCGGCUGCUCUUGCAAACUCGACCACCCUGAGAAUCCUGUCUCUUUACACCAAUUACCUCUCUGGAGAAGUGCCACAAAGCUUCGGGGAAUCGUCUGCCCUGGAAGCCUUGGACCUGUCAGAGAAUCAGUUCUCUGGGAAGUUGCCCCCAAAGCUGUGCUUGGGAGGUAAGUUGAUUUACAUUCUUUUGCUGCAGAACAAAUUCUCAGGAGAACUCCCAGAGAGCUAUGGGAGAUGCCAGACUCUUGUCAGGUUCAGAGUUAGUAACAAUCUCUUGGAGGGAAAGAUCCCAGAAGGGAUAUUCGGUCUCCCACAUGCCUCGAUCAUCGAUGUUAGCUACAAUCGCUUGAAUGGCUCGAUCCCGAGGACGAUUGGGAGUGCUAAGAACCUAUCAGAGCUUUUUAUUCAAGGCAACAGCAUUUCAGGGAUUCUGCCAUCUGAAAUCACUGAGGCUAUCAAUCUUGUUAAGGUUGAUCUUAGCAGCAAUUUCUUGUCAGGCCCGAUUCCAUCCGAGAUUGGGAACCUGAAGAGGCUAAAUGUAUUGCUUCUACAAGGUAACGAGUUCACGGCCUCCAUUCCAGGCUCGUUGUCUUCGUUAAAAUCCCUGAAUUAUCUUGAUCUGUCUAGCAAUCUUUUAACUGGGAGUAUCCCAGAAAGCCUUGGUGAGCUCCUGCCAAAUUCGAUGAAUUUCUCGAAUAAUAUGUUGUCUGGUGUUAUACCAAUCUCCUUCAUAAUGGGGGGUGUGCUCGAGAGCUUUUCGGGGAACCCUGGACUUUGUGUUCCUGGAUACUUAAACUCAUCAGAUUCGAGCUUCCCACUUUGUUCUGAAUCCUGUGAUGGGAAUAAGAAGGUGAACCUGAUUUGGGUUGUGGGGAUUUCAGUGGGGAUUGUGGUAGUUGGAAUAGUCUUAUUCCUGAAAAGAUGGUGCAGUCAACAAAGGGAGAUCACAGUCCAUGAGGAUAGCUUGUCAUCCUCAGUUUUCUCCUAUGAUCUCAAGAGCUUCCACAGGCUAAGCUUCGAACAACGAGAGAUUUUCGAAGGCCUGGUGGAGAAGAACAUAGUGGGGUAUGGAGGAUCCGGGACGGUUUACAAAGUCGAGCUGGGGAACGGGGAAGCCAUAGCUGUGAAGAAGCUGUGGAGUCGAAAAGGGAAAGAUCCCGUGUCGGAUAACGAUGAGAUAGUGAUAGAUAAGGAGCUGAAAACUGAGGUUGAGACUCUGGGCAGCAUAAGACACAAGAACAUUGUGAAGCUGUAUUGCUACUUCUCCAGUUUGGACUGCAAUUUGCUGGUUUAUGAGUACAUGCCGAAUGGGAACCUCUGGGAUGCUCUUCACAAAGGGAAGAUGGUUUUGGAUUGGCCUACUCGGUAUCAGGUUUGUCUCGGGAUCGCUCAGGGACUAGCAUACCUCCACCACGAUCUUCUGCGACCGAUUAUUCAUCGAGAUAUCAAGUCCACCAACAUCCUUCUCGACGUCGAUUACCAUCCCAAGGUUGCGGAUUUUGGCAUAGCCAAAGUUUUGCAGGCAAGAGGAGGAGGGAAAGAUUCCACCACCACAGUCAUUGCAGGAACAUAUGGUUACUUGGCUCCAGAAUAUGCGUAUUCUUCAAAGGCGACGACCAAGUGCGAUGUGUACAGCUUCGGUGUAGUGUUGCUGGAGGUGAUAACGGGGAAGAAGCCGGUGGAGGCCGAGUUCGGGGAGAACAAGAACAUUGUGUAUUGGGUUUCGACCAAGGUGGAGACGAAGGAAGAGGCGUACGAGGCCCUGGACAAACGCGUGUCGGGAUGGUUCAAGGAAGACAUGAUGAAGGUGCUCCGGAUCGCCAUCCGUUGCACCUGCAGAACGCCCGCGCUUCGCCCAACAAUGAACGAGGUCGUGCAGCAGCUCAUCGAGGCCGAUCCCUGCAGAUUCGACUGCUGCAAGCUCUCCGGGGCCUCGAAUAAGACCAAAGAAAAGGAUAAUGUGAUGAUGAUGAAGCCAAAUUGAUCUAAUAAUGAAGACUAUAGCAUAAUAGCCUCUUUUGUUUCUUUAAUUUCCAGAAAAGUAACUUAGUGGUCAUAUAUAGUACUAAUAGUGUAUAUAAGCUUUGCUUUAUUUUCA